CAUUCACUGGGCAAAAUGACCGUUCUGGAUGGCACAGGUUUGCUCAAGCCUCGAGGCUACUUUUAGAAGAAAAAGCGCGAACAUGACAAAGGCGUGUGAACCUCAGGGUUGCCGAGAAUAUGUGGCGUCGGUGCCUGUCUUUACGACGACGUCAACCGUCAACCGCGCAUUCCCGACGACGGCCACGACGACGAGCACGGCGCUGGCGUUCCGAGCCAGCUGACGGACCAGACGGCGACCGCCACCACACACGUUAUACACCCUUUUUCUUCUUGAUAUCCGCGCUCACUUUACCCGCCCGUGAUGCUUGCGCAGCAGCCGCCUCAGCCCCGCCAGUCGACAUCCCGCGACGUCGACCCCGAGUACCGCAUGUCGAUGCCCAGAGGGUCGCCAGCCAUGUCCUCCCCGAUGAACGAUGGGUCCGUGCGCUCAAGACGAGGCGUACCCGCACCCGAGCCUUUUAACGGGCAGGACGGCUACGAUGAGGAACAGCCGCCAGAGCAGGACGACGAGGCUGAUGAUUUCUACAACGGCACCCCCGAGCACCAGGGCACACCCUCCAUGUAUGAUCCCGGCUACGCAGCGCCGAGCGCGGCCAGCAUCGCAGGCGGCCUCGCGCGGUCGACCGCGAACCAGUCCGUGCGCGCGCCGUCCCCGCCGCAAGGCCCGCUACUCGACCAUUCCCAUCUCAAACCCGGCAACCAGGCCGCGCUUCUCUCUCACGAGCGCACACUCGAGCUGUACCGCGCGAACGCGAAGAAGACGCAGGACCCUGAUCUGCAGUUCGAGUUCGCCGUCUUCAUGAUCGACGCAAGCAAAUCCCUCCCCAUGCCCAAUCCUACUGGUGGAAACCUGCUGGAGUACGAGAAGGCGCAGGAGAAGCGCGAGGACCUCAUCAAGGAGGCGCUUGGCUUGCUCAAGCGCCUUGCCGAUCGCGGACACCCAGCUUCCCAGUACUUCCUGGCCGACUGCUAUGCGAACGGCAUCGGCACCGUCCGCAACAAGCAGGACUUCGACCGCGCCUAUCCGCUAUUCGUCCUCGCUGCGAAGCAUGGACACCCGGAUGCGGCCUACCGCGCCGGCACCUGCUGCGAGAACGGCUGGGGAUGCCGCCGCGAGUCCGCUAAAGCUGUCCAAUUCUAUCGCAAAGCCGCAAUGGCCUCCCACCCAGGAGCAUUAUACCGACUCGGCAUUGCAGAGCUCAACGGCGAGCUUGGGCUCAGCCGCAGCCCAAGAGAGGGUGUCAAAUGGCUCAAACGCAGCGCCGAACACGCCACCGCCGAGUUCCCCCACGCCCUUCACGAGCUCGCCCUCCUUCAUGAGCGCGGCAUCGAAAACGUCGUCUUCGUCGACUACGAGUACUCGACCGAGCUGCUCGCUCAGGCCGCGGAGCUCGGCUACGCUCCCAGCGCCUAUCGCCUCGGCGAGUGCUACGAGUAUGGCAAGAUGGGCUGCCCACAGGACCCGGCGCUCUCAAUACAUUACUAUAAUAUCGCCGCACAACAGAAUCAUCGCGAUGCGUGCUUUGCGCUGACAGCAUGGUAUCUCGUCGGAUCGCCCGGAGUACUGCCCCAGUCGGACACGGAGGCUUUCCUGUGGGCAAAGAAGGCCGCGGAAGCUGGGUUGGGGAAGGCCAUGUACGCCGUCGGGUAUUUCCUCGAGGUCGGCAUCGGCACGCCAGCGGACAUGCAGCAAGCAUUGGCGUGGUACAAGAAGGCGGCCGAGCAGGGCGACAAGCGUGCGGCGCAACGUCUGAAGGGCUCAAGUCAGCCAGUCUACCAACCAGGUGGUCCCGGGAGCGUACUGCACCGCUCAGAAGGGGACAGCGCGUCGGUUGGGAAGGGCAAGGAUGGCAAGGACUGCGUAAUUAUGUGAGGUCGGGUGAUCACUACACGCACAUUCAUCCCGAUCCGCUGCCUUUGUCCCUACCAUCACAGUGUAUCUUUAUUCUCCUUUGCCCUCUCCACCACACCUUUCCUUUCUAUAAUGACAGAUUCGACCCGGACAUUUGUACGCGCACCUCUGAUCUUUGCGGACCUGCAGCGCGCGUUGGGACCAUACUCGUAGGCGCUACUUCGUGCAUCAUAUAGAAGCUCAUGUACAUCUGUUACAAUGGAAUGCGACGUAGCGGCAAGCGUCUAAUGGAUGGACAGUGUUAUCCUGCA